AUGCGUGCCAGUUGUGCGCAAGUGGGUAGUUGCCUGUUAUGGAGAAAGUGGACAGAGAAAUAUUUCCUGUUGCACGGUACUAGAACUUGGGGCCAUUCAAUAAAGUGGACUGUUGUUAAGGCAGAUCAAAAUAAAUAAAGUGCUUCUUCACAUGGCACAUAAAACUGGCAUUUGCUCUCAUGAGACGAAGCAAUGGCCACCAACUUGGAUGGCUUUAAGAGAGGAUCAGACAAAUCCAGGCAGGACAAGGCUGUUGGGCUACUAGCCACAGUGCUUCUGCCUUCAUUGCCCUUGGUGCCUUUGAAUGCCGGUUUCUGGGAGACGCAGGAGACUAUGGUGGUUGCACCCCGUGUCUGCUUAUGGGCUUCCCAGGGCCUCUGCCCGGCCAUUGCGAGACGAGGAUGCUGGAGGAGAUGGGGGCCUUGGCCUAACCUGCUGACUAGGCACUUCUCUUCGGAGUAGUUUUGUGCAGUCUUUCAAAACUAAAAUGAGCAAUGCAACGACAAAAUUAACCCUCGGUCUGAGAAUAAAUGUGCGCGAUGUGGCGAUUCCUGUCAUUAUUUUCGAAGCACAUACGUCAAAAGGGGCUUAUUUCGAGAGCUCAUUUUAUUUAGGAGCUUUGUCGGGGGGGGGGAGUGCGCGAGGGAAGCGCGUUUUUCCGCCUUUUCUCUCCAAACUCGGGGCAAGCCUGAACUUCCCACCAGGCCUCACGCGUCGGGGCCUCCGAGCGGCGGGCGGGGAGGGGCAUGGCGGGAGUUGUAGUCUCUCGAAAACUGCCGCCUCCCGCCACGCCAGCUCGUCGGGCCAGCCGAGGGCCCCGUGAUUGACAGCCCGCCUCGGCCAGUGGCCGACGGGGCCGUAGUCAAGGCGGGCCCGGCGGGCAUCACCCUGGCAACGGAGUCGGGGCGAGAGCUGGCUCCUCUGAGGGAGACCUGCUUGGGUGGUCUCCCGGCCCCUCGGCGAGGGGGCAGGGGGCGAGAGAGGUGAGAGGAAAAGAGAGAGACCCCUUUGCCCCCCCCAGCACCUCAGACCCCCCCUCCCUGGCGCUGGGAUUCCGGGGGAGGCGGCGGGGAAACAAUGGGCGGGGUGGGGGGUGGGCGCCGAGCGAGUUGUGGUCGAAGUUAAGGCGCUAGUUCUCUGUGUGGAGCCUGGACGGGCUCCGCCGAGAGCAACAAGUUCUGGGUCCGGCGGGCCUCUUCCCCUCCGCUUGCUGUCGGCCCUCUUCGGCGGGGGCUUUGUCUGGGGCUGCGGGCGGGGGGCGGCGGGGGGGCGCCAGGUAGUACCUGCGGGGGGGGGGCGCGGCUCUCGCCCCGAAGCGAGGCAACAGCAGGCAGCGGCUCCGCCCGCCGCGUCCCCGGUGCGACUUUUGCUGGGCUCUCUCUCCGCGCUGCCCGGACGCGGCGCUGCCUUGUGCUUCCGAGGCAGGGAGCGAAGGGUACGGAGCAGCCAGGCGGUUGCCACAAUAGAGGCAAGUGUGUGCAGCGAGCGGAGCCUCCUCGGAGGAUCUUGGAAAGGGAGCCCCGCUGCUUGUGCAUGCAUGAGUAGCAAGGCAGCCCAAGUUUAUUCCUGUCUGUUCGUUCAAAACACUUUUUAUCCCGCUCUUCAGCCAGAAAGAGCUUCCGAAGCAGCAGCUCACAAGUUGCCUACCAGUAAUGAGUUUGCAGGUGGUGGCAGAUUAUUCAGAGCACAGUGAAAUCCCAAGAAGAGUUUGAAGAGCUUUGAAAGGACCCCACUCUGAACUGGGUGGAAUGGCCAGGUGCGGAUCCUAUGCCAAGGAGAGCUUUCUGGGAUAACAAAGUUCGCUUCACCUAAAGGGUGUGAAAAUAGAAAGGGAAUAUUGGCUAAUGAUAGGAGGUACAUUUUUAAAUGGCAAGACAUGCAUGUGAUGAAGGAUACCAGUCAUAUGUCUCCUGUAAUGAAGUUGGAGGACUCAAAAUGUACUGCAUAUGGGUCUGCCUUUGUACGCAGUUUUGAAAUUUCAGCUAACACAGGAUGCAACUAUCUAGAGACUUGUCAGGUGGUCAGAACAUGGUACACCAGUAUUGUACCAGUUGGUUUCCUGUAUGCUUCUGGGUGCUGCUGCUAACUUCUAAAGUUGUACAGUGAAUGGUUUGAAGUAAAGUGAUUUCAAGGACCAGCUGCACCCACAUGAAUCUGCUUGGGCCUUGAGAUCGGUAUUUGCAACCCUGCUCAUUGAUAUACUUGUAAGAUCUGUUAAAUAGGCAUGCUGGCAGGCCCUUCACAAUGUGCCCCAUCACAGCUAAAUUAGCAUUUCUGAUACCUCACUUCUGUCCUGGGGGCAUUAAGAAUAUAUUCUUAGUGUGAACCAGAUAGUUUUCUUUACAUUUUAUAUGUCUCUUCCUCCAUGCUCCCUUUUCCAGUCUGUUGCAGACCUUAGGACUAACUCUAGCUUGUUGAUACUAUUGCGGUAAUGUUUUGGCUACAUAAGUGCAAACACUUAAAAAAACCUGAUAUUUCUGUUGGAGCAUGGUGCUGAUAAUGCCAGUGUUACAGGUUUGAUCCCUGUAUGGGACAGCUGCAUAUUCCUGUAUUGUAAGGGGUUGGAUUAGAUUAUCUUCAGGGUCCCCUCCAACUCUACAAUUCUGUGAUUCUAUGAUACCAUGAAAUAGUAUCUCAUUAUUUUUAGUUAAUUACGGGAUCUGAUGUUGGAUUAUAACUGUUGGGUUUUUAAUUGUGUUUUAAAUAAUUUAAUUGUUUUUAGGGAUUGCUUGAUUGGACUUAGAUUUUUCUAACUUCUAUUUUAAAUUAUGGCAUUUUAUUUGAUUUUAAUGAUUUACAUUUUCAUAUUAGCCACAUUGGGAGGGCUUUCCCCCCUAAAAUAGCUCCAUUAAUAAAAUAAAAGUUGGUGUUAGGAAAGGGAUGAAGUACCACAAUGUCACUGUAUCAAUCUUUGGUGUACCCAUGUUUAGAAUAUGGUGUGCAGUUCUCUGGCCACAUUUUGAAAAAGGAUGUUGUAGAUAUGGAUCAACUUCCACCAUUGAGCAAUGUGAAGAAGUCAUUGUGGGCAGCAUAUUACAGUCAAGCCAACAUGUUCCAUUUUUUCAUUUCAUACUUAACUAAUGCACUUUGAGUGACAUAAAGGUAAAGGUACCCCUGCCUGUACAGGCCAGUCUUGACAGACUCUAGGGUUGUGCGCUCAUCUCACUCUAUAGGCCGGGAGCCAGCGCUGUCCGCAGACACUUCCGGGUCACGUGGCCAGCGUGACGAAGCUGCUCUGGCGAGCCAGAGCCGCACACAUAAACGCCGUUUACCUUCCCGCUAGUAAGCGGUCCCUAUUUAUCUACUUGCACCUGGGGGUGCUUUCGAACUGCUAGGUUGGCAGGCUUGAGUGACAUACAGCAUAGUAUAAAACAAACAAACCAACAAAGCAUAAAUUGCAAAAUACAUUUCUAAACAACAGCUUUAAAACCAUCGAAAUAAAAAAAACAGAGAAUCCAGCAGCAAACAAACAUUGCAUAAAAUUACUAUUGGAUAUUAGAGGGAUUAAAAGGGUCAGAUUAGAAGGCUUGUGAUAAUAGAAAUGACCUUGCCUGGCACCAAAAUAUUAUUAAAAUAGGAUGUAGGUGAGCCUCUCUGGUGAGCUUGUAGAGCAUUCUACAAGUAAGGAACCAGUGCUGAGAAGGCCCUCUCUCCUUUAACUGCCUUAUCUCAGUUUGAGGGAGUAUGCAGAGAAGCCCUCUGCUGAUGAUAACAGGGCCCAGAGAGGUACCCAUGGGAAGGGGUGAGCCAUUAGAUACUGAGGUCCCAGGCUGUGGAGAAGCAGAGGGAUUGGUCAUGUAAGUUGCUAGGGAAAAAAGGUGUGCCAGAAGGGUUAGUUCACCCAGGCAGGAACCAAGCUGUCAAAGCUGGUCCUACCUUUAGGUGGUGUAAGGCAGCUGCUCCUGGCUAAUUCCCCUAAGUCCCUGGCUAUAACCUUCAGUUGGAGGACAGAGCUCUGUGUGAGCUGCAAGGAACCCACACUGAACCCAGGAGACUUCAGGUAUUGCUUUCCGGCUCUGGAUUUAGUCUGAGACAGAGAAAAGAAAGGGGAGGGACUCCUGUCCCAUCCCAAGCGUGGUUUCACCAACAUCUCUUUAACCAAGUAGUACACAUAGAAAGAGUAGAAGUGUCCUCCAUAAUGUUAGUUUGAAUGUAACUAAAUUGCUCCAUGCUUGCUUGACAUGAAGUUCCAUUGAGCCUAAUAGAACUUCUUUCCAAGAAUGAAAGAUUGCAGCCACUGUUAUAGAAUAAAAUGGGGGACAAGAUGAUUAGAAUUUUGAGGCUUUGAACAACGGAUCCAUGAUCACAAUAAAAAUGUCAGCAAAUGGAUGAAUUAGGAAGUGUGAAAAGGUGCGAAAUCUGAGUCUGCAGUACAGUAUUUCUGGUCCUGUAAGCUCUACUGUGUGCUAACAAGCCAGCACUGUACAGUACUAGAAAAAUGUGACUUUUAAAGUUAAGGCUUUCAGUAGUGAGGCUCAAUGCAAUUUCUUGGAAGGAUUGUUUUAUAUUUCAUGCUUUAAGUUCUUUGUAUCUGCCUUUACAAAAGUGAAUAUCAGAAUAGAAGGAUCUGGUCUUUUAGAAACUGUCACAAUUAACACUGUGGGACUAGAUAUGGAGCAAAAUGAACAGAAGAAAGCCAGCAGAUUCAUGGGCUUCUUGCUGAGAGUGAACUUGGCAGAUGUUAGGUACUUGGGGAAGUAGUAGAUGUGUCACUAAUAAAUAGUAGAGUUUGUGCUGGGUGCUUCUUUUGCUUAGGAAAGUUUGUACCUGGGUCAGCCUCCUUAUAUUACUACCACGUAUCUGAACAACAACAACAACAAAAGUGGGAAUAGCAGAUAUAUUUAAACAGUAUUUUUCCCCUCUGUAGGCUUCACUGGAUAAAGACAUGA